CUGGACAGUAAACUAUAGAGCACAGAAGUUGUUCGACUUCAGUGCAAGUCAACAGCUCCCUUUCUCCAUUUUAUGCAGCAAGGGACUAUCACAGCAGUCCCAAAACUAAGGCCUGCGGGCUGAAUACAGCCCCCAAGCAGCAGAUUUGGGUGCCAUGGCCUCUCUCCUGCAGUGCUGUCCGUUCUUCACCCGGGAUCCAGCCACUGUCCUGCACAAACUGCGUCCCUUGCUGGUCCGCAGUGCUCAGCGCUGCCCUGCCUUUAUGACUCGCAGUUUCUCCCAGUCUGUUGCCAACCUACAGCAUGGAAAGGAGACUCCUGGGGACACGGCCUCCGUUCUGCAGGCGGUGCCUGCCUCUGUGCCCACCACCCAGUGCCCUUUUAUAGAAUCAGAGCGCCAAAGUGGCCGGAAUACCUUUGUGCAAGUGGCAAAACCCGAGGUCCAAGAGGAUGUCUGGCCUUCCAAGACAGGGGUGCUGAGCUCUCUCUUUAGGGAGGUACAAUCCAGUCUCAAGAAAAAGCUACAUCACUCUGAUGAAGUCUCACAUCUCCUCCAGGACAACAUGCUAGGGAGUGCCACGUUUGGUUAUGAUGCCUUCUUUGAGGCCAAGAUACAGACAAAGAAGAAAGAUCACACCUACCGGGUCUUCAAGACAGUGAAUCGCCGAGCUGAUGCCUAUCCGUUUGCUGACGACUAUUCAAGCUCUCAGGUUGAAUCACAAGAGGUGUCCGUUUGGUGCAGCAAUGACUAUCUGGGAAUGAGUCGCCACCCUCGAGUCUUGCAGGCCAUCCAGGAGACGCUGCAGCUAUAUGGAGCAGGAGCAGGGGGCACCAGGAACAUUUCAGGUACCAGCAAGUUCCAUGUGGACCUGGAGCAAGAACUGGCCAGCUUGCACGCCAAAGACGCUGCCCUGCUCUUCUCAUCUUGCUUCGUGGCCAACGACUCCACUCUCUUCACCUUGGCCCGCAUGAUGCCAGGAUGUGAGAUCUACUCAGAUGCUGGAAAUCACGCCUCUAUGAUUCAAGGGAUUCGAAAUAGUGGGGUUCCUAAAUAUGUCUUCCGCCACAAUGACCCCCAACACCUGGAAGAGCUCCUGAGCAAGGCCAAACCUGACCUUCCAAAGAUUGUUGCCUUUGAGACUGUGCACUCCAUGGAUGGUGCUAUCUGUCCCUUGGAGGAAAUGUGUGAUGUGGCGCACCGCUAUGGAGCCAUUACUUUUGUGGAUGAGGUCCAUGCUGUGGGGCUGUAUGGGACCCAUGGCGCUGGCAUCGGAGAACGCGAUGGAGUGAUGGGCAAAAUAGACAUCGUCUCUGGUACUUUGGGAAAGGCCUUUGGCUGUGUGGGUGGGUACAUUGCCAGCACUGCCUCUCUGAUCGACACCGUGCGCUCCUAUGCAGCUGGAUUCAUCUUCACCACCUCCCUCCCUCCCAUGGUCCUGGCUGGGGCUUUGGAGUCUGUCCGGAUCCUGAAGAGUCCCGAGGGGCAGUCGCUGCGCCGUGCCCACCAGCGCAAUGUCAAGCACAUGCGUCAGUUGCUCAUGGAUGCCGGGCUGCCCGUGGUCAGCUGCCCCAGCCACAUCAUUCCCAUAAGGGUUGGAGAUGCUGCCUUGAACACCCGCCUCUGUGACCUGCUUCUGUCCAAAUACAACAUUUACGUCCAGGCCAUCAAUUACCCGACAGUGCCUCGCGGGGAGGAACUGCUGCGGCUGGCGCCCUCUCCGCACCACACUCCACCCAUGAUGGACUACUUUGUUGAGAAGCUCUUGUCUGCCUGGCAGGAGGUGGAGCUGCCCCUGCAGGCCCCAGCCUCUCCAGAGUGCAACUUCUGCCGUCGCCCACUGCAUUUUUCCCUCAUGAGUGAAUGGGAGCGAGAUUAUUUUGGAAACAUGGGGCCUCGCUACGUCACUCUCUCUGCCUGAGGAGCACCUUGGUCCAAAAGGAAAUUGCCCUUCAGAACCUGAGCGGAAGAGAAACAACUACUCCACACUGAUGCUGCCAAAUUGGAAAAGAGGGAGGAAUGUAUACGCAAUAAAGUUCUACAAUUGUGUCUGCA